AUGAGAUCCAAAACACAACUCUCAUGCAAUCUCAAACUAGUUCUCAUCUCUUUCAUAUUCAUUUUUUUCUUCAUCAUGUUAUUCAAAUCAUCACUGUUCUCGUUUUCUCAACCACUCACCACAACAACCUCAAAAACCAGCAACAACCUUUCAAUAAUCCCAUCACAACAAGAAACAGAAAAACCAACCAAAUUACCAGAAUGCCCCUCUCUUCCUUUAUCACCAACAUGCACCAAAAACCCUCCUUCAUUAGUCAAUGCAAUAAUCCAUUAUGCAACUACAAAUAUAACUCCCCAACAAACAAUUCAAGAGAUUUCGGUUUCGUCGAAAAUUCUCCAAAAGAAAUCACCCUGCAACUUCUUAGUAUUCGGUUUAGGCCACGAUAGUUUAAUGUGGACCUCAUUAAACUACGGUGGCCGAACCGUUUUCUUAGAAGAAGAUAAAUCAUGGAUAGAACAAAUUCAAACGAAAAUCUCGGGUUUGGAAUCGUAUCAUGUUGUGUAUGAUACGAAAGUUCAUCAAAGUGAUGAACUAAUGAGAAUCGGAAUGGAAGACAAUUGUAAGGAAGUUAGUGAUCCAAGAAUUUCAAAAUGUGAAUUAUCACACAAAGGUUUUCCUAGUGAAAUAUAUGAAGUUGAAUGGGAUGUGAUCAUGGUGGACGCGCCGACGGGGUACUUCGACGGCGCGCCCGGGAGGAUGAGUGCGAUUUAUACGGCUGGUUUGAUUGCCAGGAACAAAGAAAAUGGUGAAACGGAUGUGUUUGUGCAUGAUGUUGAUAGAAAAGUGGAAGAUGAAUUUUCAAAGGCUUUUCUUUGUGAAGGUUAUUUGAGGGAACAAGAAGGAAGGAUUCGGCAUUUCAAUAUUCCAAGUCAUAGGGCUCGUUUGGGUAGACCAUUUUGUCCAUGA